AUGUCAUCGAGCUCAUUAAAGCAGUUCCGAAUAAGGGAUCUUCACGAUGGACCAUCGCAACAACGAAGCAGCCGUGGAGGUGAUGCUUCUGCUGGCGACCAAGCGCAGGACAUCGUUGACACUGCAGAACGUCACGAUGUAUCGGACUUGAGCAAUCGCCAUGCGGUUGUCCAAAUCUCUGAAUCUGACUACGAUGAUAUAGCUUCACAUCACCCCCGUGCAUUACUGACCUAUAUCGACGAGGAAGAUGAUGGUGAAGUUAUCACCGUUGGAUCUUCCAUCGAGCUUUCGCAGCGGCUUUCAGAACCUAUAGAUCUAAGAUCGCAACUGGACCAGAAUAAUUACAAUCGCCCAAUGCAUAUAUUUGACAUCCGUCGGUCAAAUUCCGUGACUGAACUCUGGAAGAGAUACGAAUACCAGCCUGAAACUGUGAUAUAUCCUGGAUCCAACGGUGAAGUGAAAGAGGCUUCAUCUAAUUCCGAAAGGCUCGUUGCUGGCCAUGCUCAACCCGAUGGCUCGCAGUCGCUCCUUGAAGCGUUCGAGGCCGAAAUGGCAAAGAUCAUGGAAGCUUCGGAGCAACAGGAAAAGACGCCAGUUCAACCAGAUGAGUCGUCCUCUUCUGGGGUAGCGUCUGGGACAACAACAGACUCCGACAAGACUCCAAACCCAGCAGAUAUAUUUGCGCACACUUUGCAAAGUGUGAUGGAAGGAGCUGGAUUAAUUUACUCUGAACUGGGAUCAAGGAUGCCCGAAUUUGACCAGCGGCUGCACGAUGCUCAGCGAGUGGUCCCUGAACACCUUGGGACAGGUCUUCAGGUUGCUUGCUCAGCCCUUGAAUCUCAGGCGAAGAAUUUCGCUAGCGCUCUCAACAACGCAUCUGCGGCUCUGGGACAAAGGGCAGCGGAGCGAGACUCGAGAGGGGACAACCCUACCGCGGAGGACUCCGUAGAUGGUUUGAGAAAUAUGGCUUCAGAAAUCGGUCAAAUGGGUCGAACUCUGUUUGACGCAUUUAGUGCUGGAUUUAGACACGGCACAGCGGCUCAUCGAGAUCAGAAUGACAAGGAAGACGUUCUUAAUGCAUCUACGUCUGAGAAAGAGGAAGAAUCUGGUACUGCCGACGAACAUCCAUCAGACUGCACGGUUUCCGGCGUGGAAUCCUCCCGGCCCCCUAAUGAUUCGCCUGAGAACGAGCAGGAGACACCAAAUCACAGAAUUGACAAUUCACCUACCGAGCCUUCUGAGGGUAUCUCUGUUGAUUUUUCUAAACCGGCUGGACCCUCUUCAAACCGGGACGAGAAGACACAGCAUUUUGACUCUACUGCGCGUCGCCAUUAUCCUGUACAGGCGUCCCGCCGUUUUACGCCGCAUCGUCAUCCUGCCCAUCACAAUCCUAUUCAUUUGUCUCCUCAUCCACCAGUAUCGCAUCCUUUCCGGUCAAAUCCAAUUCCAACACCCCCACCAUUUUGGAAACCCCAUAAUUUCCCUCAACCAGUCCCUUUCCAUCCUCUAACCCCCUCUAUAGCAACUGGGCACCAUUGCCAGGCGGGACAUCCCAUUGGCAGUUACCGGUCUUUCUCGACCCCGGCAUAUCGCGAUGCCAAGGAAAAUGGCAGUGAGACACCAAAUGGCAACCAGGCUCCCCAAGAUGCUGUGGAAUUAGACCAACCUGUUGACAGAACUCUUUUUAUCGGCAAUGUUGGCUUCAACGUUACUGAACGGAUGGUUCGGGAUGUCUUUGCCUCAAAGGGCUUCCUUGUCAAUGUGGAUUUACCGUUAGAUCUUGAAACUGGAAAACAUGCUGGUUUCGGCUACUUGCAUUUUGCUUCGGUCUAUGCCGCGAAGGCGGCCUUGGAAGCCUUUCAAGGUGCUCAUAUUGAUGGGCACGCCAUCAAUCUUGAGUUCAGUGACCGUUCGCCUAUCAGCAGAAUAACAACCUCGCAAGAUGCUACAGACGAUGCAAAAUCCCCCACUCCGAAUAGGCAGACACCAUCGAACCGACGAGACCCAGCUGUCAAUUCCCAAGAACCCAAACUAGUAUGGCGCCAGCAGUUUACAGACAUUCAUGGUACCAUGCAAAAGCCUCGGGAUUUGAAAGCGAUAUUCAAUGGAGAGUCAUCUUCAAAGGGGGACAUGGAUUUGGCCCAGGAAAGUGGUUCUACUUCGGACGCUGUCGACCCCUCGUCUUCAAGUCAAAGCAAAUCUCCUACGAUCUUAGAUGAAGGGGACGAAGAUCCCGAGUUCUCUGCGCGAUACCCUUCCCUUGUGCCCAAAGCAGGCAAAAAGCCGCGAAAGACCGGUGUCCCCGAUCGUCUUCCACAUCUAAGCCCGGAGCUGGAAAUGAAACGAUUCCCUCCAGUCUCUCAAUUUGAGGCACGCCUUUUGGCUAACCAGCGCGAAGCUUCUCGCGCCACAUCUUCCAAUGCAUCAAGUCACAGACCACAGCCGACAUCGAAGACAGACUCCACUGAAGCACGUAAAUCGAGCACAUCUCAGGAGGAACACAGUGUUCGUGGUGAACGUCCAACGUCUUUUGCUGAAAAUCGCCGAGUCUUCGAACAGGAGUUGCCACGCAAUCAACGGCCUAUUGGAACCCAUCUUCGCCGCUCAAAUACCACGAUACACACGAAUCCAUCGGCCAGACUGUCUGCUCCCUUUGACCCGUUUUCUCCUAGCGAUUCCCAAACUGCAUACCGAACACUGAGACGGCGGGCGACCGAACGUCACGCCCUUCGUUCUGCUGCCUACAACGGCUUGCGAGGAUUCCGCCACUGUGGAACUGGAAGCGAGGAUGUAAAUAGUACGGGGGAACAACCGAGAUCCUUUUCUACUGACCAGCAAAGUCCAUCAGUGGAACUGCCUGUUAGAAACGCUCCUUCGGUUGAUUCGAAUGACACCAUUCAUGCGGACCCAAAGCAGCAAGCUAUCAUUAACAACUGUGUAGCUACCCUCCUAUCGCUGGGAUAUGGAAGUCCACAGGAUGGCGGACGCCAGAGGAUAGCUGUGUACGCUGCUGCAGCGAACGGUAAGGUGUUAGAUGCUAUUGACAUGAUCGAAGAAGAAAGGAAAGCAUAUGAGCAGAGGGAAUAG